UGGAACACUCGGGCAGGCGGCAGAUGGAAGUCCGUAAAAAGUAUGUGGCGGCCGCAGGACGGAUGAUAAUGGACAUCAUUCAGUCUGAAUGGGAGCCGCUGUCUCACUGGGAACUUGAUCAGCGUCUGGAUCGAGCUCUAGAAGAAGUCUUAGAGGCUGACCUGAUGGCCCUAGCUCAAGGGCAGUCCUCUUCUGUGUUCAUGCAACUGUCUCAACAGGAGGAUUCAAUUAAUUUAACACAAGAUCAGACGCAAACAGUGAGCCUUCAGCUGUCAGAAUCUGCCUCCGCGAAGAGUGCCUGCGUUACUGAUGAUGUUAUUGAAGGAAACCCUGCCGUUCAGCAUGUAACAAGUCUUCUGCAAAGUGCUGACACAAACUACAACAAGAACCGAUUGUCUGGAAGAGCUCGACUGUCCUUGUCUCACACUGUCCUCCUUUCUCUCACCCUCCUAUCCAAACGCAUCAGCUAUCGCAGUGUCUCUGCUAGUUUCCAUCUGGAGAAGGGAAACAUUCAUAGGAUCUUCUUUUCUUUCUGUGAACGAGUAAACGCUCUUCAGGAUAAAUGCAUUAAAUGGCCUACUGGACCAGAGGCUUUACAACAUCUGCUUCCUUUUUCCAGCUGGCUAGGUCGCAGUGAGGGACUGGAAGAGAGAGGUCUUCCUAAAGUGUUUGGGGUGUUGGGUGACACACGCAUCCCCAUCCGCCUACCCACUGGGAAACAGGACUGUGAAAGCGAUGCUCCUGAAGCAAAGAGACUUAAGGAUGAGCCACAUCCAGAUUCGUGGCUUAACCUGGAACUGGUCUGCAAUGCUGAGGGCCGGUUUAUUUAUUGCUACAUCAGCAGAGGCUCAGAAAGAGACAGAGGAAGUGCAUUAGCUGAAAGGCUCCAGCAACACCCUGAGAUGCUGCCUCCAGGGACCUGCCUGAUUGCCAGAGUUGGAUAUCCACUCACAAGUCAAAUACUCACUCCAUUUUCUCCGGGUCGAAGCCCUCAGGAGAAUCUCUACAACAGAUCAGUGGCGACCCAUUUAAGCCGAUUUGACCAGACUGUGGCAGACCUAAAAGAGCGAUUCCAGAAAUUGAGAUAUCUGGAUAUGGGGAACUACGACAGGGCAAGAGCAGUGGUUCUGACUGCUUGUAUAUUAAACAAUGUGUUUGUAGACAUGGGGGAUGUCACAAAGGGACUUGUAGAGAGAAACACAAAAGAAGAUGAGGAGGAGGCAAAAGAAGAUGCAGCUGGGGUAAAAAUGAGGGACACUGUAGUGAAUCUUCUUUACAGCGCUUUGGAAGCAGAAACGCAUUAAUUAUUUGACACAGAUUAUGAAACUGUUCAUGUAGAAAAUCUCUUGAUUUGUAUCAAGCAUUGUAUGACUAAAUUUAAGUUUCUUGAAAUAUUUCAACCUGGAUUAUAUCUGUAUUUCUUGAGUAUUUAGUAGCAUGAAAAAGAUUUAAUAAAGAC